AUGCUCUCACGUGUUGCUGCAGUGAAGGCACCCCGCACACACAACCGUCGCCGCGUGACCGGAUCCAGCGGAAGGAGGAGGGAAGGAAGAGAGAGUGAGCCGCAGAGGCCCAACAUGUCGCGGCAUCCCUUCUACUCUGCACUGAUGCUCCUCGUCGUGAUGAUGUGCUGUAACACUGUUGAGGCUCAGCAAACCAGUGAGGAGAAGUCGCCAGCACCGAUACCUCCACCAAAAACAUAUUUUGAUUGGGGAGAUGUGAAGGAUGAUAAGGAAACAGUGAUUUCUCUCCGUGUUCCCAGUCUUGUUGGGAUGAAUGGUGAUGUGUUUGCCGUUGCUGAGGCGCAGUGCAAAGGAAAGAAUGAUAAUGAAGGAGAUUUCACUGGGAUUGCCUCGGAGCUCCUGAAGUUGUCUGAUGAACAAACAAAAGUGGAGUUGGACAAAACUAAACUGAGGACACAAGUACUGUUGGAAUGUACUGCCGAUAAAGAGAAAUGUGCCUCCCAAAACGCUGCUCUGGAAGGUGCUUCCGCAGACUCAAAGAAGAAAGUACAUGUGAGCCAGCCGACAACAGUUGUGAAGGAAAAUGAAAUUUACAUGCUUGUUGGGAAAUGCAGCCAGACAGCCGUUGGUCCUCUGAAGAAUGAUGCCGAGGACUGCCGACUUUUGCUGGCGAAGGGGAAUGUCAGUGGUGAGAGCAGUAACAAAAGAAUUUAUUGGAAUGGGAUUGACGAUCUUCAGAGCACUUAUAACAUCCAGCAAGAGGC